UUAGCUAAUAUUUUGGCAUGCUUUCAGAUAUAGCAUUUUCAGCUGUCUCAUUGAGCACUUUCAGCAAUCAGUUUCAGCAUUUUCAGCUAACAGCACUAGGAUCUUCAGCAGCCUCAUUCGGCUUACAGCAUUCACACUGGCAUUAUUGCAGGUUAUAUGCUAUAAAUUUAGUUAUAAUUAUGCCAUUUUAGCCAAUAUCAAAAGACUUGUGUCAUUUUCUAGAGCAUAGUAUCAGCAGAGAGACAAAUGUUUUUAGAAAUUUGACUUUGAGUUGUGCGUUAACCCCUCCCGUUGCUGAGAGUUUGGAGCAUGGACCUUAUGGCGUAUUUUCUAUUACAAAUACGUUCAUUUGUUUUCAUCUGCUCCUGAUUCACAACAAUUUGAAUAAAGAUUUACCAUUUUAAUCUUAAUUUUUGAAAUAUAUCGUCCUCCAUCAUGGAAAAUAAAAAUGCUACAAGAACAUGUAAAAAAACUCAAAAAACACCAUUUUCAUUGGAGUGGGUCUUUAAAUUCUGCAGCAGAUUCUAUAGAUGAAGUGACUUGCAGUAUUAUAUCAUAUAAUUUUUGUAUAAAUAAGCCGCUUUUUUGCAUUGCUUACUGAGUAUCUAUGCACUGAGACUGACAAAUAAAGAGACUCUAGUUUUCUACGGCUUUGACUGACAGAGAUUACAGAACAUCAUGGAUCAUUUUUGACAUCUCUUUUGGAUUCCGGCUUCGCUUUGAAAGAAAAACAUCUGCCAGCUAGUUCUCACAAAUGUUUAGCAUUAAUUACACAUCUGAACCCGUUUAAACUCUAAAGGAACUCUCAGUAAUAUAGGAGCAGAAUGUGAGGAUUUUUUUUUUUUUUUUAGGAGUUCUGCUUCUACGUAGUUUCCACAGAUUUUCAUUUUGGUUGUUACUUGGCCUUGUAUAUUUUCACAUAUAUUUGGUUAUUGUUUUAUGUGUGGGUGCUUUGCUUUUUGAGCUGUACAGUCACAGUGAUGUAUUCAUGCUUCAGAGGAUUACAGACAGAAACUGUACUUUUACCAAAACACAAUAGGAUCAGUGCUUUUAAGUCUGUAUAUUUUGGAAAUAAAAAGAUAAUUUGAAAAAAAAAAUCACUCUUAAUGUUAUUUAUUUGAUUUAUUGCACAUAACUUGCUUCCUUUACAUCAGGCAUUGCAGAUUCCACAGAGGUAAAAAAAAAAGAUGUUUUGUCUUUCUUUUAGACCAGAACUAACCUAAAUGUCUGCAGAUUUAAAAAUUAUUACUCAGGGAUCUGCAACCUUCAACACUAAACAAGCCGUUUGGGCUGAAAUCUCUCCAACUAAAACCAAGCAGGAGGCACAGCUUUGUUCAAAAAAUACAAAAAAAAAAUACAUUGAGUUGCUGCCAUGUGAUUGGCUGAUUAGAAAUUAGUGUUAACGAGGAGUUGGACAGGUGUGCCUAAUAAAGUGGAGAGUGAGUGUAAUCAUUCACAUAAAAUUUAAAAACCAUCAAGGUGUUUAUUGUCCUUUUAAGGUUCUCAUUUUCUAAUUUUUUCCAAAAUUGACUGUGUUUUUAAAUUAAUUUUGAUACUUUCCUCCUUGUUAUUCCAUAAUCUCACCCCACACAGAAAUGCUUUUUUAUGUCUUCCGUACAGAAGAUUCCUUGAUGAUGUCAUUAUUUUUUGAUGCCACGUCGGCCCCAGACGCCGGGCUGACCCACCUGAGAUGCUCUGGGCAGGAACCUCCUCGUGUUCCAGUCUGUGCUCGGACAGGAAGUCGUCCUGAAGGGGAAGGUAAGGUGUUGAAUACUAAUUUGCAGCACUACCUCAGCCUGCAGUUCCAGAAGGGCUCCGUGGACCACAAACUGCAGCAGGUGAUCAGGGACAACCUCUACCUACGCACCAUUCCCUGUACCACUCGGCAGCCCAGAGACAAGGAAAUCCCUGGAGUGGACUACAACUUCAUCUCUGUGAGGGAGUUCCAGGAGCUGGAAGAAAGUGGGAUGCUGCUGGAGAGUGGCACCUAUGAUGGUAAUUACUAUGGAACCCCUAAGCCUCCUGCUGAGCCCAGCCCUGUCCAGCCAGACUUGGUGGACCAGGUUCUGUUUGAUGAAGAAUUUGACACGGAGGUCCAGCGAAAACGCACAACCUCAGUCAGUAAGAUGGACAGGAAGGACAGCGCUGCUCCAGAGGAGGAGGAGGAAGAGGACAGACCCCCUAUGGUCAACGGUGUUGGAGAGCACAAGGACAAAGCGGACUGGAGGAGGACGGUGCCCAGCUACUCCCAGUCGGCGGGCGCCAUGGACUGGCGAGCUUGGAGCACUCAGGAUGAAAGUCAGGAGCCCCUGCCUAAAAACUGGGAGAUGGCCUACACAGAGACGGGCAUGGUCUACUUUAUCGAUCAUAACACCAAGACUACCACCUGGCUGGACCCCCGCCUUGCUAUGAAGGCCAAGCCUCCUGAGAAGUGCGAGGAAGGAGAGCUGCCCUACGGCUGGGAGAGGAUCGAGGACCCCCAGUUUGGACCCUACUUUGUCGAUCACAUCAACCAGAAGACCCAGUUUGAGAAUCCAGUAAUGGAGGCUAAGCGGAAGCUGAGCACGGACACGCCCGCUGUCACACCCCCACCGCCGGCAGCAGCUGCACCUUCAGCGGCGGAGCAGCCGGCGGCCGGAGCGCGGGGUUUCACGCGGGAUCCGUCCCAGCUGCAUGGCACCGUCGUGCACACGACGCUCAGGAAGAGCCUCCAGGGGUUUGGCUUCACCAUCAUCGGCGGCGACAGACCCGACGAGUUCCUCCAGGUCAAAAACGUCCUUCCAGAUGGUCCUGCCGCGCACGAUAAAAAAAUCGCCUCAGGUGAUGUGAUUGUGGACAUCAACGGGAACUGCGUCCUGGGGAAGACUCACGCCGACGUGGUGCAGAUGUUUCAGUCCAUCCCAGUCAACCAGUACGUCGACAUGGUCCUGUGCCGGGGCUACCCCCUGCCCGAGGACUCCGGCGGUAACGAGGACUCAGCAGGUGGCACCACCUCUUCCAAGGACGCCUCCCCAUCUCCAUCCACUCCCCAGGAUCCCCACUACACAAUCCCAGACGGAGCGACCAUCUCCCGGAAGGUUGCCUCAGUGCCGCCUGUCAGCAACGGACGUCUCAAUCAACCCAGCCACCAACACCUCCCUCAAGUCCUAGACGGUCCCGACCCGACUCUAUUGCAGCCGGAGCUGGUGAGUGUUCCCCUGGUGAAGGGCCCGGGGGGGUUCGGCUUUGCCAUCGCGGACUGCCCACUCGGACAGAAGGUGAAGAUGAUCCUGGAUGCGCAGUGGUGCCGGGGCCUGUUGAAGGGCGACGUCAUCAAGGAAAUCAACAGACAAAAUGUCCAAACCUUGAGCCACUCCCAGGUGGUGGACAUCCUCAAAGACCUGCCCGUGGGCAGCGAGGUCAGCGUGCUGGUGCUCAGAGGAGGUCAGACAUCUCCUGUGAAAUCACUGAAACCUGUUACAGCGCCUGUGUCCCACGCCGUUUCACAGCCUGUCCUUGAGCAAGCGCCACUUCCUGUUCCUCAGCUACAGCCCCACCCAGUCUCCCAUCCACCCUCACACCACCAGCAGCAGCAGCAGCAGCAGGAGAUGAUCAGCAGCACUGAGACCCUCACUCAGUCCGACGUGACUCCCAACUCGCUCCCCGUCUCCGGCGGCACCCUUCGCUCAUCUUCACCCAAACCAGACGCCUCCGAGCUCUACCUCAGGUCCAAAGCCAUUCUGGACAGCAAGCCACCAAACACAAAAGAGCUGGAUGUGUUCAUCAAAAGGAACCAGGAGUCCGGAUUCGGCUUCAGAGUUCUGGGGGGCGAGGGUCCGGAUCAGCCUGUUUACAUCGGCGCCAUCGUCCCCCUCGGUGCAGCCGAGAAGGACGGGCGCCUGCGGGCCGGAGAUGAGCUCCUCUGCAUCGAUGGAAUACCAGUCAAGGGCAAAUCACACAAGCAGGUGCUGGAGCUGAUGACCAACGCCGCCCGCAACGGCCACGUCAUGCUCACAGUCCGCAGGAGGCUGGCGCACACAGACGGAGGCGGAGAGGAAGAGAGCGGCCCGCAGGCUCAACAGGUCGCCAACUCCCCGAAGGUUCCCCGCGUAGAGGCGCCCAACACUGGACAGCCCACUCGACCCGAAAGCUUCGAUGUCACUCUUCAGCGCAGAGACAAUGAAGGUUUCGGGUUCGUCAUUCUCACCUCGAAGAACAAGCCCCCGCCUGGAGUCAUUCCUCACAAAAUCGGCCGCAUCAUUGAAGGCAGCCCCACCGACCGCCUAGGCCAGAUGAAGGUGGGGGACCGCAUCUCUGCGGUCAACGGGCGCUCCAUCAUGGAGCUGUCGCACAACGACAUCGUCCAGCUCAUCAAGGACGCCGGCAACACGGUCACCCUCACUGUGGUGCCUGAGGACGACAACGCUCCUCCAUCUGGAGCAAACUCAGCGAAGCACAGCCCAUCGGCCCACCACCGAGCUGUGGGGCAGCAGCCUGCCAACCACCAGGACAGAAAUGGUGAUGCUGAAGUCAAGAACGGCGUCUCGCCGGCAGAGAUGGGAGCUCUCAUCCCAUCAGGGCCCAAGCAGGGCUGCUUCGUGGUGGAGUUGGAACGUAGCCAGCGCGGUUUCGGCUUCAGUCUGAGAGGAGGGAAGGAGUAUAACAUGGGUCUGUACAUCCUGCGCCUCGCCGAGGAUGGGCCUGCCCUUAAAGAUGGGAGGAUACAUGUUGGUGAUCAGAUUGUGGAGAUCAACGGCGAGCCCAUUCAGGGCGUCACACACACUCGGGCCAUUGAGCUGAUCCAAGCAGGAGGCAACAGAGUUCACCUGCUGCUGCGGCCCGGACAGGGCUUGGUCCCAGACCACACUUCAAAAGGCAAAGCCGCCAUUCAAACGCCAAGCUUCCCCCGACUCUCUACAUCCGACGAGCAGCCGACCUCUCCGUCUUCAUCCACUCACAAAACCUCCACCCCCGAUGAGAUCGCCGGCGCGGACCGCAGGGUGGCCGGAUCCCCGGGGGACGAGCAGGACUACAGGCGCAGCAUCAGUCCCAGCAGGCACACCAGGAAGGCAAACCGGAGCGACUCCAAGUCGACCAGUCCCAAAAGAGCCAGCGAGGGCCGGGCGGCUCAUGCGGAGCGGUCCCACAGUCCACGCAAAAACGAUGGAUCCAUGGAGGACAUGAGCAGGGAUAGAAAGGCCCAGGGCCAGCGAGAGAAGCGCUCCGAGAGUCCGAGAAAAGGCUCCAAGAGGGAACAAGAAAACCCUCAGCCCUCCAGCCCUAGGCGUCCCGGUGGCCAACAACCCAGCGCUGAAGUGAGGGACUGGAGGCCGCAGGAGGAAGACGCCACCACAGAGGGCGGGGACAGAAGCCGGGAGAGUGCCGAGCGCUACAGACGGGCAAAGAGGGCUGAGAAGGAGGCCGCCCCCAAGUCCCACAGGGACCGGGCCGGCUCCGACGCUGGAGCGCCGACCCAGAGGAGCGCAAGGGAGAGGGGCGACAAGCACCAGGGCCCCAACGGAGACGUGAGUAGGAGGGAUCCCAGGGGCUCCAGCAGUAGCGUCCAGGACCCCAACUGCAACGGGACCGCCACCAGCAAGAAGGCUCCCAUCACACCCGGACCAUGGAAGGUUCCCAGUUCCACCAAGGUUCAGUCCCAAGUGGACCCGGCUUACGCAGACGUCUGAGAGCGGAAGGAGGUUUUGGGCGGACAUUUAUUAUCACUGUGUACGCGGCAGCAUCCCUCCAUAUCCUGUCCUCCCUUUGCCUCAGACAGAUCUGCUGAGCUGUAAAUACGACUGUGUCUGCGUGUGUGUGUAACUAAUAGAUUUUGAGUGGGAACGUUUUGUUUUUAUCGUCUUAUUUGGUGCCAAACUGUUUCUAAAGACGCUGCUCUAGACAACACUCACUGUGAAACGCACCGUCGGGACCCGGAAAUGAUGAAGGCAUUCUUGCACUCUGCAGCUUUUAUACCAAGAAUGGGAGAUAGAUGAAGGAAAAUUGAGGUUUCUCCUAUAUUUGCCUGAAAGAAAAAAUAUAAACAAUUGUCUUGUUUUUGUGUUUUUUAGUUUUUUUUUUCUCGCAUUUAUAAAAUGAAGAAAUAAAUUUGGGCAAAAAAAAAGCCCAAAGCUUUAUAUGCAUCGACAAGCAGACCAGAAACUUGUGGCUCGAGAUCAAAUAUUUGUUACACAUGUGACAAUAAUAAUGUAAUUUAUUAUCAAAGUUGUUGUUUGUGCACAUGUCGUUGUUUUGAAGAAGCAGGAGGUUUAUAGGAAAAGAAGUUGUUCAGCUGCACUGUGUGUACAUAUAUUGACAGGCCAGUAUAUAAUGUGAAUUUAAAUAGCCUUUACAUAACAGAGCCUGAUUGAUUCAAAUAAAAACUACUACUCUGCCUUUUUAUUCACAAACAUCUAAGAGAUAUUUUAAUCCUGAAUGUAGGCCGCAAAUUUGAAUUUACUAGAUUUUAGCCUCAUUUUGGUCAUCAUUUUCUUUACUGUGUGAUAUUAGCUGAGAACAUGAUCGUCUAGAAAAAUAAAAGUUAAUCUGAGAUUUUACGUUUUUACAAUAAAAGCAAUAUUGGGUCAGGGAAGGGCGGUUCUGAAGACCAAAUGUAGCAUUUCUGUGUUAUUCUGUGGACUUCCAACACUCUUCCUCACAGCCGGACGGACCUUCAUCAGCCUGCCUGCUUCAGGGUGAAUCAAAGGGACUGUUGGAUCUGUGGACGGCUGUACUAUCACUGUUCAUGUCAUUGAUGUGUAUGACACUGUGGCCUUGCGUUGCUCUGACAUUGUUAUAAGAAAAAAAAACAAAUAGUUUUUUGGCAUCAUCAUAGUUGUAAAUGUUUAUAAAUUGUACAGCGUCUGUAUAAAUAUAUCUGCCUUCAUUCACAGAAAGAGAUAAAGUAAUCCUCUGUAAAUCGUUUUAUUAUUUUUUUAAGGGAACUAAAGAGAGAAAAUUAUAUAAAAUGGGAUUUAAAGAAGUGGUGAAGUCAUGGCGAUUUGGUCAUUUACUCAUAAAUAAAGAUUUACUGGUUAAACCUGACAA